AUGGGCCCUCCAUCUCCUAAAAAGAAAAAUAGCGCCUCCUCCUCCGGUCCAAGACAGAUCCGUUUCGUGGCCACAGAUGGCCAGCCGCAAAGCAAACGCCGCCGAGUCAACGCCGCAUGUUUGACCUGUCGCCGGCGCAAAAUUCGCUGUUCCGGCGAGCAACCAGUCUGCAAAACUUGUUCCGACUAUAAACAUGUCUGUCUCGGUUACAGCGAGUCGACUGCCCACUUGCGAUCACAGUCCGACUCCGCGUCGCGGGCCCCGCCGAUAUCUUCCAUUUCGAACAGCAAUGACCCAAGCCAACGUAGCUCUCGCGCUGUCGAAAGCUGUUCGCCAGAGCCCGCGCCUGCCUCCGGACAACAUAACAAACUCGAAAAGUCCCCGCAAGCAUUAAACCGCUCAGAUUCCAAAGAUGCGUCUUCCAGAGAUACCUCGGCACGUACCAAUAAAGAAGCGGACGCGCAGCUGGGGGGUGAUAGCCCGGAGAGCAGUCGCACUUCCAUGAGCUCCAAUAGUCGCACCCAUGUCCCGUAUUUUCGAUACUUCGGCCCAACUGCCAUCGUCCCGGGUUUCAAACAAAUGGUUGGCCGUUCUCGGAGUCAUCGACGCACACAAUAUCUAACUGAUUCCAAGGUUGUACAAGUCCGGGGAUCACGCAAAAGUAAUCAAUCCAUGUCAUCGGAGUCGCUCUCUCCACUGAGAAGCCCUAAACCUUCAGAUACACCCGCUCGAAUUCCACCGGCAGAUAACCGCGAAAAUCGCGAUGCCAAUACGAUUCCGUUUUACGACCGUGACGAUACCCUACCCGUUUCCAAAUUAGUGUCUCAUCUUAGCGAACUAUUUUUUGUCCAUCUGGGUUGUAGCUUUCCGUUUCUCCAACGUGAUCGCUUUCUUCAAGAUCUAAAUGAGAAGAAGGUGGAUACGAUGCUAGUGGAUGCAGUAUGCGCCUUGUCGGCCAGGUUCUCCCCACAUCCGCUUUUAGCUCCUCCCCAGGCACCUCCAAUCGAUCACUCCCAGCUGCCUGCUGAUGUCAAUCUCUGGGAUCGAGGGUUACCUUUUGCUCAGCGGGCAAGCAGUGCUCUAGUGGACGUUUUAUCAUGCCCGACUCUCUCCGCCGUCCAAGCAUGUUUGCUGCUAGCCUACGAGCAAUUUGGAUCCAAUCACGACAGUGGUCUCUGGAUGUACCUGGGCAUCUCAAUUCGCAUGGCGCAGGAUCUGGGCUUGCAAAAGCAUCAAGGCUUAAAACACAACUACGGCCGAAAAGGCGUUACGCCGAAGGAAGUCAUGACUGGGCAAGCCGGGAAGUUGAGAGAGGACCAGUACGACGACUUCGACAUCUAUCAGAGUCCGAAGGGCCCGCCUCCUGCCUCUGAUUCAGAACGGGCCAGAGAGCGAGAACAAGUAGAUUCUUUCUGGAGUAUUUUCUUCUUGGAUCGUGUCAUCUCGUCGGGUACGGGAAGGCCGGUCACCCUGCGAGAUGAAGACAUCGAGCUCUGCUUUCCCCUGCAAUCCGAGUCUCAACUACCAAAUGGAUGGCCCGCGCCUUUCCCACCACUGAUACGGAUUAUCCACCUUUACGGGCGGGUGACCGAUCUCAUCAACGGUAUCCAGGAUGUGAAUCACGUUACCCCGGAUACCCUCAAGCAGCUCGCCGGGAUGGAGAGUGAUUUGACUGGAAUCUACCAACGACUCUCCCCAAAGCUCUAUUUCAACGCCGCAAACUUCCAGGCCUAUGUGAAGGCCAAGGAGGGAACCAACUUCAUUCUCCUCCAUUUCUGGUUCCACACUCUGAUUGUUCUCCUUCAUCAGCCCACGCUGCUCAACUCAUUCGGCGGAACAAUACAGCAUCUUUAUCCCAAUAGUCGCGAGCUAUCUAUGUCGUCGGCCAAGACAAUCGCUGACAUACUCUCGUUUUCUGAGCUCGUGGACGGGAAGAGCUUUAUCGGUAACCCUUUCACUAGCCAGCCUAUGUACAUUGCAGCCUGCGCGUUUCUCAUGGAAAGUGCAUAUUAUUCCACGCCUUCUUCAAAUUCGAUUUCGCAUCCACCGCCACAGGCCUUGUUGGCCAACGAAUCGAGUGGUUUCGUGAUGCCGACAAUGGAGCCUACCGGUGGAUCAGAGCGGAAGUCGACCGCCAAGCAUAUUCUACUGGCGUCGGCCGCCAGGGAGAACUACCAGCGUUGCUACAAGGCUUUGAAAGCAUUGGAUUCAUACUGGGAGGGAACAAGGUACAUAUUGACUGUUCUCGAUCAAAAGGCCAAAGGAAUUGUCGAUCCUCUUCUCUACACCGCUGAAGACAUGGAGAAUACUACGGAAAAUACACCAAACCAGGCAUUUACACCCGGAGGCUGGCAGGGCCAGAGGCCGAUGGAUCAAAGUUCUGAUGCAGAAAGGACGCCCGGGGUGGCUGACAUAUCGUCAGAUGGAAAAUGGUCUCCCAAGAUCGAUCCUAGCCAAGCCAUUGGAUGGGCACUCGCAGGAGCCACCAACUCUUCACAGCCUAAUCUCAGCUUGUUGUAUCAACUGCCUACGGCUCAACACGAACCUCCCCCGCCCAUCAGCAAAACAACCCAUCCGUCCCAGUACAGUCACAGCUAUCCGACUCUCCCAGUGCAAUCAAAUGUUGCACACGGAGCACCAUCUUCGUUCUCAGCCAUUGCCCCGUCCCAUACCCACGGCGAGCCAGUUGCGCCCUCAUUGGCUUCAAACAAUCCAAAGUUCGCUACAGUACCUCGGACGGUCGGCGCCAGCCCACCCUACUUUAUGAGCAUGAACUCCCCCUUCCCGGACUCAACCUCUCGCACGACUGCCCCCGGAGGAUACGCUCCUAAUCUCCCAUCUAAUCAAAUGGAAGGUGGGUCAGCCUACGGAUAUGGGGUCACUUCCGCCGCGGCGGAGCACCAUAGCCAUGGACACAUGGGACCCUUGAACGCCAGUACGGGGGGCAUGAUGAUUGAGAGUCACGAUGUAGACAUGAACACCCUCCACCAACAAGAAUCGUUUCCCUUUUCCAACGGGGAGAUCAUUCCUUGGCUCGAAUACCUUCCGCAAGAUGUGCUCAGCUUUUUCGGUGAAAAUCACGGAUUUCCGCUCCUAAGCCCUGACGACAGUACGCCUCACCCUCCACCUCCACCACCACCAUAA